AUUGCGAUGCUGAGAAGCGCCCGCCCUCCCUCAUUCACAUGCUCAUCAUGGAGGAAUAACAGGUACCUGCCGUACAGAGAGAGGAGGACAGGCAUAUUCUCAUUCCCAGCGACAUCUUGAAACGUGGUCAGAUCACCCUCGAAUGUGAGUUACUGUUGUAGUAAAGCAGACAAUCGCGAUGAAGCAUUUUCUGAGGGUACUGACCCAGUUCCUGGUGUUCCUGUACUGUAAGUGUUUGUGGCGGGGCCUAAAGUUUGUCAUCCGGAAGGUGACGGGACGAUGUGAGCUUCAACGAAUCUGUUACAAUAACAAACCUGGCGCUCGAAGGACACUCAAGAUUGAAACCUCACUCCGAUGCUCUAAACAUGAGCUCUUGCAGUCGGCCAUCAGCGUUCAUCCAGAUUCUGUGGAAAAGUCUAUCGAUGACAUUAUGGCUCUGAAAAAGAUCAACCCAGACACCAACCCACAGCUUGGCAUCUCUCUCCAGGCUUGCCUUCUUCAGAUUGUUGGUUACCGAAACCUAGUAGUGGAGGUGGAGAAGCUGCGUAGAGAGCCGUAUGACUGUGAAAACCCAGCCCACGAGGAGAUGCUCAUGAAGCUGUGGAAGGAACUCCGUCCCGAUUCUCCUCUCUCUGGACGCAUCUCAAAGCAGUGGUGUGAGAUUGGUUUUCAAGGAAACGACCCUAAGACUGAUUUUAGGGGCAUGGGUCUCCUGGGCCUACACAACCUGCUGUAUUUUGCAGAGCAUGACAAAGCCACUGCUCUCCAAGUCCUUCAUGACUCCUUGCAGCCCAAACACAGCAAAAUGAGCAAAGCUGAAUGGGAAAAGAAGAAAUUCGACAAAGCGAUUGGAUACUCUUUUGCUAUAGUUGGCAUAAACAUCACAGAUCUGGCCUAUUCCCUGCUGGUGAGCGGAGCUCUGAAGACUCAUCUGUAUAAUGUGGCACCAGAGAUGCCAAGUCUAGUGCACUUCCAACAGACCUUCUGUUAUCUGAUGCAGGAGUUCCACAGGUUUUGGAUGGAGGAAGACCCAUGUGACAUCAUGGAGUUCAACCGCGUGCGCACCAAGUUCUACAAGCGCGUCCUAAAGCAGCUGAAGAACCCUGACAUGGCACUGUGCCCUCAUUUCACUGCCUCUGACCUUCACCUGGUCAACCUGUAGCUUCUCAUUCAUCCAUCCGUAAAAAACCUCAUGUCUCAUCCACCACACAUCCUCACUCCAGCGUCUCCUGAAGAUCACCAGCACUGAUGCUCGAGACCAUGUUGAUUGUACGUGCGCAUGGCAACAGUGCACCAUCUUUCACAGCGAUUGUGAUAUUUACAGCUACAGUACGCUGAAGUGCAUACAUAGCAUCUGAAUGUGGACCCGAGGGCUCCCUAUCCACCAGUAGGUAGAGCUAUCGGUACGCAUUGGGCUUCAGGCACAGAGAGUUUGUACCGCACUGAUACCAGGCACACCUAGAAACAGGUGGCCCGUCUUUGUAUACAGUAUCAUGUACUUUCAGAGCUGUUAUAUGAAGGAUAAUCUUUAGUCCUUGUGAAUCUGUUAAAGGAAUAUUCAAGAUUCAGUCAAAGUUAAAGGGAUAGUUCACCCAACCUUUAGGAGUUUCUUUAUUCACGACACAAAAAAAGAUAUUUUGAAGAAGGCUGAAAAACUCUAACCAAUAGCUAUGUUUCAAUCCAACAAUUUGUAUGCAUGGAAAUGCCAAGAUGUGCAUACAUUUUGAAAAUGUAUGCGUGUAAUAGGAAUAAUUGGAUAAACGUUUUAUGCAUUGUUGCAAUAAAUACAUUGGAUUAUGUUGUACAUAAAUAACAAUAGAACACAUUUAAUUAAUAAAUAAGAACAUGCACAUCAAUGUGAUUAUGAAAUAGGUGUGUUUGGACACAUUAAUGGACAAACCAGUGGACUGAUCACAUUGCACAACAUCUGAAAUGUUGUUUUGACCAUUCUAAAAAUCCCUCAGCCAAAGUCCAUCAUCAAAGUCACCUCCAGAACUAAGAUGGGUCAUGAACUACCAUCGUUCAUUAGGUUGUGUUUAGUCUUGAUCUUCUGAGGCGUAAGUUAUUUAUUACAUAAGAAAAAAGGCUCACAAAAUUCUCCUAACGCAGCAAAUUCCAUUUUUCUUUUUUAAUUUGGCGCCAGUUUAUCAGGAAGUGACUUUCAUUCUCUUUGACUCGUUGAAUCGAAACGGUGCUUUAUUCAUAAAUGUUUUAUGUGAUAUUCCAGUUUUGCGCAUAAGUUUAAGUUGCAUCUUUAGAUGGAAACAGCUAUUGACAUCCAGAGUAGGAAAAACAAUAGAAGUCAAUGGUUACAGGUUUUCAGCUUUCUUCAAAAUACCUUCUUUUGUGUUCAAUAGAGUAAAGGGUGAGUAAACUGAAUGUUCAGUUUUUGGUGAACUGUCUCUUAAAAAAAACUAUAUAAUAACUUCACAGCCUGCUUUACUCAUAUUUACCAAGGGUGCCAAUAUUAGUGGAGGGCGCAAUAGACAUACUAUUAUGGUAUACACAUAAAUGGGAGAAACUAUUGCGCAACAUGGCACAAUAUGCCCUGCCUUCUAAAUAGAAGAGCCGAUCACCAGUUGGUGAAGUGAUUGUGUCACUUCUGCUGCCAAUGGGAGCUUUGGCUCAAAGAAAUCUGAGAUUUGCGUUUAGGGUUAUACAUGCACACUGGCUAGACCAAGUUGGUCCAAGUCAUUGAAGCAUAACAAACAAUUAUAAGGUAGUUUGUGCCAGAUUUUAUAGCUGAUUUUGUAAGAUCAGACAUUUAAUUGUAAUUUUUUCAAGUAGUUUCUGGGAUUUCACUAGUCCUCUUAUUGUAAUAGGGGGCUUGGGCUUGUAUGACUGUAAUCAAGUGCAUUAGUAUCAUACUUUUUCAGCUUCUAUGCUUUUGGAGGUAUUUUUCCUGUUCGUUCGUUUUUGCCCAUAUGGAUUUUAAAAAUAAUUUUUUAGAAUGUUAAAACCAGCCAGCUACAAGGAGAAUCAUUACAGACGUUUUUGGAAGCCUGAGAGAAAAUGACUAAAGUAAGACUUUAAUAUUAUUGCGAAGGACACAAUCAAAUGAUCAACAGAUAAAUAAAACUAUUGAUUUAAAGUUGUUGGUUGUAUCUAUAGAAGCAAUGUAUUUUGCAAUAUACAAAUAUUAUGGGGACAGACUAACUUAUGGGCUGUAUAGAAAGAGCAGAGCUAAAGUCUAAAAUAUAUAUCUAUUUUUUUUUGACGCACCUCAGAUUUUGAAAUUGAAAACUUUUAUUCACUUCAAUUUUUUGAUUGGUCGAAUUUUCAAUUGCAUUAUGGGUAAUGUAGUUUUGUUCCCUGUGAUUGUCUGAAUUGAUUUAAAAUAAUAUGAAUGUGUUCAAAAAAGUUAUUGAGAAAACGAAUGAGUUUUACUUCCUAAACCCAACCCGCUGCAUUCUACAAUUGACAGAUGCUGUCAAUGGUGUCUAAUUUGCAUUGAACCUGGAAUAAUCCUUUGAACAGAAAUGAUUUCCGCUUGCUGUAUUUACAUUUCAUUCACCAUUCUCAUCACCCUCAGUCCCAUUCAGUCAAUUACUACUACGUGUUGCCAAGAAGCAGAGCUUAAAAUCAAAUAUUCACUUGCCAAAUACGGUAGGAUAAUGUGUGUUUUGUGAAUGUUCUCAUGCAGAGCACAUGAUUGUUUUACAAAUGUAAUAGUGUUGAUGUAAAAUAUGUGGAAUGUUCUUUUUUUCUUCUUCAGUUCUUGCACCAAAGCAAUAAGCGACGUUUAGAACAUUAAGUAGAACAGUUUCUUCUGCACAAGUGGUGCCUCUUUUGUGUUAAUUAAACAGUAAUUAUCAGAAUUAAUGUAGAAAUCUAAGGUUGAGCCUUCGGUGUGAGUAUUUCAGGCUUUCUUUGGUCUCUUCUGCAUUUCUUUCACACUUACACUCGUCACUAUCGCAUGUUGCUCUUUUAUUUCUUUCUGUUUGACCAUGAACCUUUUAAAUCGAUGGAAGGUCACAGGGUUUGCAUGAUAAUUUAGUUUUUUUCGCUUGCAAAAAUUGUGUUAUAAGAAUGUGACUUAAUUCUAAUGUUGCUAAUCUGUGCAGUGAAUGUCUACACUACUGGCGGUGUUCAGCAGCUUCUUCGAAAUAGUUUUUGGUUGAACUGUGUUUCCAUAUGAUUUUUAAAAUGUGUGACUUGUCGUUUAUUUUCCCUUGCAGCAUUUUUACUGAAGCACUUGCUGUACAUAAAGCCUUAGACGUGGAAUACAUGCAAACAUUAUUAAAGCUUAUCAUUAUGCAUGGU